UUUUUUCCUUUCAAUGGGUCUCAGAAGAGCGAAAGGAAACGAAACGAAAGGAAAAGGCAGGGAUUGCGGUGUCAUUGGCUACCGCCGUGUGCUCCUAUCCCCCCACCCAUCCCCAAGGUGGGGCUUUUGAACGAAUGCCCCUCUCUCGUCUUGGGGGCUCCGCUCCUCCUCCUCUUCGUCGUCGUCUUCUUCUUCCUCACUCACUCCCGUGUCCACCAGGCAGGCAGCUCGGAUUUCGCACUCCGGGCUCAUAGAUUUUGGGUUUCAACCACGACUGGCUGACUGACUACUGGCUGAGUGAGUGAGUGAGUGAGUGAGUGAGUUGUGAAUCUAUAUCUCAUUGGCAUUUUGGAGUGGAGUGGAGUGUGGUGGGUGGGUGGGUGAGUGAGUGAGCGAGUGAGUGCAAGGAACCCUCCUGCAGUGUUGCGCCAUGGCCGUCGUGGCGAAGGCAGCCUCCUUCUUACCUGCGGUUGGUUUUUCUCGCAGUCGAGAGCCGUCUUGUAGCGUGAGAUCUGGGUCUGCUCUGUGCUUGCGUGCUGGGGUGCGUCGGAAGAACCUCAAGCAAUUCGGUGGGAAGGUGUCAUGUGGGGCGUUACUGAAGGCUAGCUCGUUUAGCGCGGCCUCGUCGUCUUUCCAAGGCCGCCUGUUUCUGGUCGUCACAUGUCCAUCAGACAAAGCCGGGAAGGGAACCAAAAACACUGGAGUUCAAGCGUCCUUACUGGGAGUUGGCGCGCCGGAAGCUUUGGUGAUUGGUGUUGUGGCAUUGCUCGUGUUCGGUCCUAAAGGACUUGCAGAGGUUGCACGCACCUUGGGCAAGACGUUGCGGGGAUUCCAACCGGCAAUAAAGGAGCUCCAGGAAGUUUCCAGGGAGUUUAAGGCUACUUUGGAGCAAGAGAUAGGUCUAGAUGAGUUGCGUAACACCUCCUACGAUUCUCCACCAACUUCAUCUCCUUCGCGUCCACCUUCAUCAACGUCGGCUUCUUCAGUUUCAUCAACACCCUCCACCAUUGCUGCGACUGAAGCACCUGCAGUGGCACCCAAGUCAGAGGAGGCCCCAGUUCAACCUAAGCCUUACACAACGGACGAUUAUAUGAGGCUUACGGAGGAGCAAACCCAGUCUCUUGUUUUAGAGGAAAUGCGCAAAGCCUCUGAAGCUGCUGCUUGGGAAGGCUCUCCCCCUGUCAAGCCUGUUGCAGAGACUUCAAUCGAAGAGCAAUCUCAGAGUUCUGCAAGUGCAAAUGUCGAUGAGAGCACUGGCGCAACGUCGGUGGGAAGCACACCGACUAAACCGUUAGAAUGAACUUAGUGACAGUGGCAGCCCGAAGCUUUGGAUGUACUUGUACCGUCAUGAAAUUCUUCUCCAGAUGUAGUGAUUCGAGCCCUUGAUGUACCGUAUUGAGUUGUGUAUUAAUUCGGCUAUAAUUCAACCAUGUCAUGUUACUGCGCCA